AAAAGUAAAAAAUUCAAAUGAGACAAUUUUUUAGGACAAAAGAAAUUGGAGUACCUUAUUUUUGAAAUGAUAGUAAUUAAUAGAAGGUGUACUACUAAUUUUGAAAUGAUAGUAAUAAAUUAAGGAUACUCAUUACAGAAAGCCAGUAAAACUGUAAUCUAAUCUAAUGUAAUCUACUAAUCCGCACCGAUGAGAAAUAAACCCACCCAUCGUUGAUCCGACCCGCCAACACUUUCCGGUCGUCAAUAUUGGGUCGGCCGUCCCUCUCAUACGCAGAGUAGUUCACAGUAUACGCACAAAUGGCUCUGCUGGGUGACGACGGAAGAGGUUACGAGUUGGCUCGGAAGCUGGAGAGCUACGGCGUCUGGCGCACGUGGCUCGGCGACUCACUCUAUUCCAACUUCGUUCACUUCCUCUCCUCCCCUGCCACGUGGGAUGCCUUCAUGCGAGCCGACUCCGCCGUUGACUCCGCCGCCGCUAGGGCUCAGCUCCACCUCCAGCUCCGGGCUAGGGCUCUCCUCUUCGAUAAAGCCUCGGUCUCGCUUUUCCUCCGAUCUAGAAUUCCACCGCCGCUGUCCUCUUCAUCUCCUUCUCCUUCCUCUAUUGCAAUUUCGAGACUUAAUCCAAAUUAUUUGCAGUUGCAUGGCGAUGACGUGUACUAUACCUUGGAAGAAGCUGCACAACGCCCAGACAGUGUUAUAGCUGCCCCAAAUGCGGCAACCUCUAAGACUAAAUCUACUUUUGCUGGCGGAUCGAGAUUUGGUGAAUCAGAAACUGGUUCUGUAACGCAGAGGUUCAAGUUUGAUGAAUUACCGGAAACAUGGUAUAGUCAGUUUUUUGAAAAAUAUAGAGCCAGUAAAUCCUACAGGCUAUCAUCUUGGGAUCAGGAAACAGAAAAAAGAAAUCCUGAACAAAUGUUUACAUAUCUUAGAGUUGCACAGAGGCACAAGAGAAAGAGAGUUAUUUUCAAGGAGGAUCAGAAUACUGGGACAGGCAAUCCUAUGUUGGAGAAUGGAUUAAAUGCGCAGUCAUCAUCGGUGGUCGAUAACAGUAGUGCACUUGAUGAUGAAACACCCUUUUUCCCCGAAACCAUGUUUACUAUGAAUUGUGUUCCCGAGAGUGCAGUCUUGCAGAAACGUAGGAUGCCACCAAACAAACAAAAAGUGGACUUCAAUGGAGUUCUCGAUACAUUACCUCAACUUGUUUCCAAGAGCCCAAGUCCAAUCAUGAUUGAGAGGCUAGGUAUCAGAGCCGAGUACCUCAAUAUGGAUCCCACAGGAAACCAAACUCGUGGUAGGAGUGGGAAUGAUAGCCGUCAGGGACAUAUUGGUCAGGAGCAAGCAUCACAGUUGGCACAGAAGGUGAUAGCUCGUUUCCUAUCUAAAGUUGGGUUUGAAGGUUCCUCGGAAGUUCCCUUGGAAGUUUUGUCUCAGUUACUCAGCUGCCAUGUGUGCAAAUUAGGCCGUACUUUAAAGGUACUUGCAGAUAGCUAUAGAAAGCAAUGCUCUGCAAUUGAGUUGUUGAAGAUGUUCCUUCACACUUCCGGAUAUAGUAAUCUUGGUGUUCUAUCUGAGCUUGUGAAGGAAACUAGUACCAGGAACAUUGUACCACAAGCUCAACAAGUGCAGGCAAUGCAGUUACAUUUGCAAUCGCAACAUCAGGGUUCCAUUCGGCCAUCUCAGCUCCAAGGCCCCAUCCCACAACCGCAGCAGAUUACAAGGCAAAUGCAGCUGCAACUAAUGAACUCCCAAAAUCUGGCAUUUCAGCAGCAGCAGCAAAUGGAACGAAUUAAAAGACGACAACAACAGAUGGCACUUCGUCCGGGUAUGAAUAUGGCUAUGGACAAGGACAGACCUAUGGUGGAAGUUAAGCUUGAAAAUCCAUCUGAAAUUUCAAUGGAUAGUAAUACUUUUGCCGCAAUGGCUGCUAGACAUCAACAGCUGCAUCAGUUUCGACAGCAGCAGCAGCAGCAGCAGCAGCAGCAACAACAACAACAACAACAACAACAACAACUUGCUGCACUAUCAUACCAUGCUCAAACCAGCAAUCAAAUUAGACCGAUGCCUUCUCAUCAAAUUCCCUCAGUCCAAUCACCGUAUGGAACCUUGAUUUGGGUCUUUUUUUUAAAAAAAGAAAAAUUAGGAUAGGAGCUUCUUAAAGAAGUUGCAUGAUGUCUGACAACAUUUGUUUCCAUUGCAGGACCAUGGGAAUGGCUAGGGCUCCUCCGGUCAAGGUGGAAGGCUUCCAAGAAUUGAUGGGUGGGGAUGCUACUCUGAAACACGAGUCAGAAGAUAAGCUCACAUCUCCUGGGAAAUAGUAUGAAGUGUACAUUGGAGUACAGAAAUAUACUUCAGCUCAGUUGUAUCGAUGAAAUUCUUUUUUUAUUCGUAUAUCUCAGUGAAGUUUAUAUGUACAGACGGACCAUAUUGGUUAUAAAUUUUAGAAAAAUGGUUAUUUUAUCCUUUCAUGUUCUGAUUAGCUGUCUGCUGUACGUAUCAAACAUCAAUUUUUUCAAUGAGUAACGGGUUAUAUCCGGAA